AUGGAGGAGAUUCGAGUCAUGUGGUGUGAUAUACUGGAGGAAUUGCUCCAAUGUCCCGUAUGUUUAGAAGCAACACAAGGUAUAAAAGACCAAUGUGUAAACGGACAUCACAUAUGUAAUCCAUGCAGGGUGCAGCUGCAGGUGUGUCCUAUAUGUAAAUCUGCCUUUAUAGGGACAAGAAAUUUGGCGGUAGAACAAAUUUCAGCUAAAUUACAGGAUAUAAAGGUAUGGUUUUUAUUUCUGUUAUCCCUGUUGCAUCCAUAUCAUGUUCUCAAUAGAAGAAUCCUACAUAAUAAGAUUUGUGUGGCUACUCAAACUGAUAAUAUUUGUAUGCCUUCCACUGCUUCUCAAACUGAAUCUACAAAUCAACCAAUUGUUCCAAAAAACGAACAACAAAGAUCAAUAUUAAGUUUGGCGCCUAGAGUAGGAAAAGGUUCAUAUCCAUGUCGUAUUGGAUCUUGUAUCAUGGAACUACCACAUGGAAGAAUGAUUGGCCAUUUGAGAUAUCACCAUAAAGAUGUAUUUUUUGAGGUACAACACGUAAUCAAGUUUAUGAAUUUGGAUCUUUUCAACGCAAAAGAUAAUGUACUACAAAAAAAAUGGGGUCUGGAGUAUAUCUUGAAUCGAGAUUACGAUUUUGCAUUUCAUAUCAAAGAAAUGGGCUUAUUUUUUUUAAACAUCUCCAUAAAUCAUAUGGGUGAUCUAAUGGCUUCCUUACAAAUUGUCAAUUGCAUCGCUGUAUGUAAACAAUUCACAUAUACAUUUGAAGCAAUUGGGGCAUUAAAUGCUUCUUACAAUGGCCAGGUGAAAUCUUGCAGAGUAUCAAGACAAUGUCUUUCUAAUGACUGUUUGUACAUACGUGAGAAUAACAUGCGCCACUUAAUUGAUCAUAAAAAUUAUUUUCACUGCAAUCUAACGAUAAAGCGUAGAGUUGAUUACAGAACAAUCACCGCACAAAAUAAUCCAAUGAAUAGUCGUGAUAACAUAAUGAAUAAUUAA